UAUUAAUUACAUAUACAAUGUAAAAAUUAACUUUGAGGUUGUUAAAAAAAGUUUGAUUAUUCUUGCAUUGUUUUUUUGGUGAUUUUGACUCAGUCUAAUUAAAAUCAAUGGUAAAUGGUGAAUGUGAACUAAUCUGCACAGUUAACCCAUUUGAAAAUGAUUAAAAUGUAUGUACACAAAGACUUGACAUAGCCACUACAACGCAUAUAUGAAAGAAAUGCCAGGGUUCUGCUGACUUCAACAGGCGGGGUUUUGUAUACCGCACACAUCUUCCCCUUUAGUCUUUAUUUGCAGUCUCAGCAAAUCAUAGAGAAUAAAGACAAACUGAUUCAAACCCUGACCACAAAUUUGGAAGAUGUCGGUGACAAUGAGGAGCAGGUCGGGGGAGGAUGGGGAAGGUAGUGUAAAUCUGAUGGCUUCUGUCAAUAGAUCAAACAACGGAUGCCGACUUAAUACCUCAGUGUGGUGGGUUGGAGCUGCUGCAGUGUGUCUGGGGUUUCUUCUGCAGAUUUUGAUCUUAGGUGUGGUGGCACACAAUUCCUGGGCAAUCAGUCAUCAGGACUCUAAGUGUGAAAACCUGAGCUACCGCCUGACAACAGACAGAGACCACCUGAGAGGUGAGCGAGAUCAACUGAAGAUCCAAUCCAGCAACCUGAUAAAAGAGAUGGAGGUGCUACAGAGCCAAUACGACGCUACGGCUGUGAGUCGAGAUAAGCUACAAGAAGAGGUCAACAGGUUAAAUCUCAGCAAAACAGAUAAACCUUGCAAUAAAUCUUGCGGCCAAGGAUGGAAGUUCUUCAAAAGCAAGUGCUACUAUUUCUCUGCUAUUGGACAGGCUAAAACCUGGGAAAACAGCAGAAAAUACUGUAGAGACAGAGGAGCGGACCUGGUGAUCAUAACGACUCAAGAAGAGCUGGAUUUUGUCAGCAGGAUUUUUCCUGUAACCUGGAUUGGUCUCUCUGACAAGGAGCUAGAGGGGAGGUGGACGUGGGUGGAUGGGACUGAUCUGUUGGGUAACGAAUUCUGGCAAACCGGGGAGCCCAAUAACGCUGGAAGCAUAGAGAACUGUGCCGAGGUCUCACGUUCAGUCAAGAAAUUUAAUGACGUGCCUUGUGAUAGGGUAUUUUCAUGGGCAUGUGAGGAUUAAAGUGGCAUUUUUUAUUUUUUAGUUGAGGCCAUUUAGUCCCCAACAUCUGAUGUGUAUUACUCUUACUUGUCUGAAAACAAAUGUUUGUAGACAGUCCAAUUAGAACUGCUCCUUUUAGUGAUGUCAAAGACACUUUUACUCCAGAAAUUUAAAUUACACUCAAAUAUAAAUUAAGGUCAUUCAUCCGUUUAACAUUUACAUUGCCUGUUUACAUUUUGUUGCAGCUUUUAUGGAUUGUUCAUAUUUCCAAGCAAAAUUUGUAAUUGUGGUCUAAAUGUUUCUUUUACUGAUACUAAAAGGCCAUAAUUGAUUCACUGAUUAAUAUAAUAUAUUUAAUUAUGUGGCUUUCUGAUGGUCCAUAGGACUGUGUUGCCUCCAAAGAACAACCGGGCUAAAGGGCUUUCAUACUGAGACAAA